UCCACACGGGAUCGGUAACCCCAGGAUCACGUGACCUACCAUCCCGCUAUAAUAAACCACCUGGGAUGGCAGGAAUACACAGGAGUAUAUAAGAAGGCAAUUCUCCUUUGUGGGUGAAUUGUGGUCAACCUGAUAAAUCAAAUACAAAUGGUUACCUAUCCCGACCUCCACUCUUCUCAUAUAGUACCCUCUAUACUGUGUUGGCACCCCGUCCAACGAGUCUCUCUCAUCCGCGAAAACCCACCGGUUGACCUAUACAACGAUCUUACAAUCCCGCUAGGCCUUCACAAAUUUCUAGGUUCAGUAUAUGUUGAACAUGGUAUUCGUGCCAGUAUCAAAGUCAGUUCCAACAGAGCGGAGAUCUUGCUGGCCUUGUAGGCUACAGGGACCAACGUAUCGAUAGCAGCUAUCAAUUUGUCGUAAUAUGACAAGAGAUGCAAGGCCAAAUAUAGUGCAAACAAUAUCAUGCUGCUGUAAAUGGUGAAGACUCCAACCUAGACUGCCAUCUUCAGUCGU